AUGUCGACUUCUCUUGACGACCAACAACAUCUUCUCUGGGUGGUCAACCACUUCACUCAAGCAAGAGGCAUGCAAUUAAACAGCAAUAAGUGCACGCACCUCAGCGACAACCCACUACCGGUAAGAGAGAAGCUACACCUCCACCAAGAGCCGUAUCUUGGGUUUCGUUUCUACCCUACUGGAACCCAAACGCCCAUCCUCACCGACAUCUCUACCGUCAUGCAGCGAAUCAAGAAUGCCUCGUUGAAACCGUGGCAAAAACUGGAAUUGGCAACAACUUAUCUCCUUCCGAAAUUCUAUCAGUUUCAGUUCCCCUCUGUAUCCCGUGGAGCGCCUGAUCUGGUAGACAAGGGCAUUCGCCCCCGCAUGCCAGACAUACUCCUCAAAUGGCUACACAACCUCACACUGUGCGACGAUCCACAACUCCUUCCCAUCCUGGAUUCGCCGCACAUACUCAAACAGGCCGAACGCCUUGCUAGGUUGUGUCGACCGUAUGGAUCACAGAGGGAACAAGGGGGUUUCUGGCGUGACCGCACAUUCCUCUCCGCCACAGGUCACCAACUGGAUCCCUACAUCAAGGUCAUCCAUUUUCGUGCUGGGGUUUACCAACUGUGGGAGGCCUCCGCAACCAACGCCUCCUCUUCGAACAACUCCGCUGUAGAGCUGACGUGUUGUGGAAACCACCAGCCACAUUCUUCAAAAGUGUCUGUUGAUGCACUACGAACGAAUUACGAACACGACAACCUGGUAGGAAUCCUGUCGGAUGCUGCUCGAAAAAAGGGCUGGGAAACUAGAACCGAACCCAGGUUCCGGAACUCCGACGGCCGUCUGAGGAACCCGGACUUACUCUUACUCGUGAAGGACUCUAUCGCCAUCAUUGCCGAUGUCAAGGCUUCCCUUCCUGGUCGCCCUUUGCAUGUACUCGCCCUCAUCACGGGAGCUCACGACACCUGA